AUGGACAAGAAAGAAUUAAAAGGAAAAAAAAUACAGCGGGAAUACACCGCUAAAUCGAAGAAGAAGAAGGAAGGAAAACACUCUCCUUCAACCUCUCGGGAAGCUCCCCGAGAGGCAGGAAAGUCGAGGACCGGUCCCUCAGACUCCAUUGUGGGAAUACACCACAAGGGUAAAUCUGAGGUGGGGAAGGACCUCCAAAGGCCCUCGACCUCUAGACAGCCUCCACUCCCAAACUUGGGAGAACCUGGAGGCAGGGAUGACCCACUGAGACGUGGGCUCAGCGGAGCGGGCUGCAGAUGGUACUUGAGGUACCUCAGUCAGGGAAUUUCCCCUGAAACAGCAAGAAAGAAGGCCUUGGAGCAUAAAAGCCAAGAGCCUGCUAGUCAAAAAAGAAAGCGGACUGAGACGGUCAUCAGUCCUGCUCAGAAAGAGGUGAAAAGGAAGAAGGAGGAAGUGGGAGAACAGACCACUACCUCAGUAGGUAUGAGCAGCUAUGCAGCUGCUCUAAAAUCGGAGAAGAUUGCCAUUCUCCCCAAAGGGUUCCCUGAGAACACCCUCAGCGCGGAACAGCAGACUUUGGUGGAGGAGGCAAUAGUUCAAGAAAUGUUCGCCGGAUGGGAGCACAAGCUUCAGUUCAGCGGCAUCCACUUCAAGCCGGGCUACUUGGUAGUUGACUGUGAAACACCACAGUCAGCGGAGUGGCUAAGGUUGAAGGUGCCACAAAUUAGGAAGUGGGAGGGUGGAGAACUCACAACAUGUAAGGGAGACGACAUCCCUAGAUCACAUGUUGUGACAGUUUUCCUCCCCAGAAGCAAGGGGCUAUCAGCUGAGAAAUUACUUCAGCUGAUAGAGGUACAAAAUGAGGGCCUAGCAAUAGGUAGGUGGAAGGUCCUGAGUGCUAAGGAAGAGGCGGCAGGGCAACUCUUGAGGGCAGCGAUAGACGAGCUAUCCUGCGCUGCCCUCAGGAAGAACGGAUGCACCAUUUUUUACCGGUUCGGGAAAAUCCCCGUUCAUGGUAUAAAACGGGAAACAGAAAAGGAGACUCCGGGGAGCAGCGGUGGGUUAGUAACCACCGAGGUCGAGGAAGCGCCUCCGGUGCCCUCUGCAUCGCGGGGUACUGAUGUGCCCGGCGAUGCCGAGAGCGUCGGAGACCACCACAGCACCGAUCUAUAUCGGGACUCGGAGGACAUGGAGACAGCCGAAGCAACUAACGUUGAAGAAGACAAGGACAAAACACUUGUCGGGGGGGAAGAAGGUGAGAAAGAAACCUCACCUCAAAUAACCAACAAAUAA